AUGUUGUUUGAUCUACAAGCGGAAUUCAAGAUGCUCUAUAUUCGAUAUAAAAGAUCCAAGGAUGAAAAAUUGUUUUGGAACAAGAUGUUAUCCACUAAUAUGGGACUGAUUGAGGAUUUUAGAGUCUUGUCUAUUGAUGAUCCUGGUUUGAAGCCGAAAUUUACCUCCUGGCCACAAGAAAUUAGUUUUUUGGGUUCUGAUUGGUUCUCUUUUGGCGUGGAAUCUCUUUUGGCGUGCACUUCCACUGCAAUUACACUCAAUAAGUCUUAUAUGGGAAACAAGGAUAUGGAUAAGAUACUCAGAAAAUGGAAAGCUGGAGGGUUACCAUAUCUGAAACGUCUGGGGAUUAUAAGUCUUAGAUUCAACGACUAUGGAGAACGGAUCUUGGGAAUGGUUUGGAGCAAAUUAGACGGAAUGGUUAUCAAAACUGAUGAUGGAUCAAAGACGGCAACUAUUGACCUUGGCAAACAUUGGAUUUUAAUGUCUGUGACUUCAUCUGAAUAG